AUGGGUCUUCAAUUGGAGUUUAAUGUUGUUGUUGCUGCUUUCGAAUAUCUGAUGUUGGAGGCUAAUUGGUGGAAUUUUGGGAAUAGGAAUUCUCACCAACAAGGUAGCUUUGAUAACUACAACAAUGAUGGAUAUAGGAACCAAGGAAAUCAAGGUUUCCGAGGUAACUAUAAAAACAAAGGUUAUAAUAAUCAAAACCAAAGCCAAGGGUAUGGGAAUCAAGGCCAAUCUCAUGGUUUUUGUGGCCAACACCAAAAUUUUGGUAACAAUCAAGGUCGAGGUAAUUGGAACAAUCAAAAUAGGGGAAAUUUUCAAAACAACAACCAAAGGGGACCCCCACCCGGAUUUGCUCCAAGACCUCAAGGCAAUGGUGAUAAUUCUUAUGCUCAACCCCCAUCUUCCAAGACUACCUUAAAGGAGAUCAGUGAGAACCAAACCAAGAUUUUAAACACCUACAUGUCGGUGAGUGAUAAGAAGUUCAAUGAGAUGAUGACACACAACAACAUGUUUGAAUUCCAAAUCACUCAACUAGCCAACACUUUAAAAGAUUGUGCUAGCUCUUCUUCACUACCCUCUCAAGGAUUUGAUCCUAAGAAACUCGUUUAUUCUAUCACCACAAGAAGUGGAAAAGUGCUUGAAGAGAGAGUUUCUAGGAAUAGUGAGGAGGAUGAGAAGAAGAGUGAUUGUGAUUCAAGUAAGGAAAAAGAGAAAGAUGUGUCAAAGAGUGUGAGCAAAGAGGAAGUCCAUGAGAAAAAGAAGAGUGUUUAG